CACCCACCGAAGUCACUCAUUCUGCAACCCAACACCGGGCCUCUCUGCUUUUUAUCUGAUCUGUCACUCUUUUUUUGGUUGCAUAUUUUGGUAUCUACUAGUUCAAAACUUAAUUAUCGGUCCCUCUUCCUCUCUCUGUCUCAAAGAAAAAUAAGAAACAAUGGUCACUAUUCGCUCUUCCCUUGUGGCCGCUAUGGCCGGUGUCGUGCUUCCCACCCUCGUCCAGGGCAUCGCCUUCACCUCGCCAACCUCGUCGGAUGUGAUCACCAAGGGCACCGAGAUCACUGCCACCUGGACCAGCGUGGAUACCGACCCCAGCGUGUUCAGCCUGUACAUCUGGAACUUUGUGGACUGGCCCCCUUACUACGAGGGACUGGCCUACGGCAUCGACACCAGCGCUGGCGAGGUCACCGUCCGGAUCCCAUGCCACGUCGACAACGGCGAGGGAUGGCAGCUGACCGCCAUCAACGACACCAAUGUCUACGUCCUGUACGCUCAGACUUCCGAGUUCAACAUCACUGGUGAUUCCUGCACGGACCCAACCACGUCGGCCAGCUGCUACGCUCCGACGUCCACUGUCUAUGUCACGCAGACUGCUGCCGAGGGAGCUGCCGUGACCACUUCGGUCUCCUCCAGCACCGUCACCGCCUCAGUCAUCCAGCCUGGUGUUGCGGAUGGAACCACGACCAGCUUGCCUGCUGUGACUGAGACCACGGCCAGCGCCACUGCGACCGUCACUGUGAAGGGCGACCUGAUCAUUUAACUGGUCAGGGAAGAGCAGGGCGAACCUGGGAGUAUGCACUAUGAAUCAUAUCUUAUAGUGCAUAUUCCGGGGAUGUGGACGACCAAGCUCAGCCGCGUACCAGGUUCGCAAAAGUAACCAUGGUAGGGGGGAGGGGAGUGCUUAAUAAUAAUUUAUUGACCCUUUUCUAUGGCAGACCCCUGAUACUUCUAUGUUGUGCACAAGCGUGAGCCUAAUAUGGAUGUGUAGCAGUAGUAGUAGUAGUAGUAGUAGUAGUCGCAGUAGCAGCAGAGAUGGUAGUACUGCC